UUUACGAGAACUAAAAUGAAGUCCACGAUUGCUUGCCUUUUGGUGUUGGCUGUUGCCGCACAAGCCCAGUGGGCCAACUACGGAUACGGUCUCGGUGGAUUUGCUGGAUAUCCUGGAUAUGCUGGAUAUUACGGAGGAUACUACCCCUACACUGGUGUUCGCACUGCUGCCGUCCCUGCUACCGUCCCUGCUUCCUAUCCCGUCCGUGCCGCAUACCCUGCUUAUGGCUACCCCGCUUUCUCCGCCAGCCAGUACCACGCACAGGAUGAGCUCGGUCAGGCCAGCUUCGGCUACGCUCACCCCGGACAGGCAGCCACCAACUAUCGCGAUGCUCUCGGCAACCAGAUCGGCAGCUACGCUUACUUCAACCCCGAAGGCAAAGAGGUCCGCGUUUCAUACACCGCCGAUCACCGCGGCUUCCGCGUCUUGUCCAACGACCUGCCCGUCGCUCCCGUCGUCAACUUGGUAGCUCCCGUCCAGGUCGAAGACACUCCGGAAGUUGCCAAAGCUAAGGCUGAGCACGCUGCCGCUGUUACUGCCGCCAAAACCGGAUACGUCCCCGCUGCCCCUGUUCUCCCAGCUCCAGUUCAGGACACCCCCGAGGUAGCUGCCGCCAAGGCGGAAUUCGCCAUCAAGUACGCCGAGGCUAAGGCCGCCGCUACCCCAGCUGCUCCAAUCCGCGCUAAACGCCAGAUCAUGAGCUACGGUGCCGCUCCGUUCGCUUACAACUAUGGUUACGCCGCUGCUCCUUUCGCCUACAACUUCGCUGCCCCCGCUGUCGUGGCUGCCCCAGCAGUGCCCGUUCGUGAAGCCACUUUGACCAAGACCAUCUUGACCCCCGGACACGCCGUCGCUUACCGCGUCGACUAAAGCAUCAAAAGUAUCUCAGGCAUCAUUCAGACUUCAGCCUCUUUUUGUUACAUUUGUUUUCUUUGCAAAUCUUUUUUUUUCAACCCAUCGCAUUUCUGUUAUUAAAAAAAAAAAAUAAAAUUUGAUUUUAAAACAACACGAAAA